AAUAACAUGGAGACCUGGGUGAACGGGCGCUCAGUGCAGCUCCCGGCGAACGUCUCCGAUGCUGUGUCUGUGAUCGAGUCUCAGGGCGGCGUGGCCGUGGUCCAGGCCUCGGGGAUGCAAGUUCUGUUCAGCCCCAGUGGGGAGGUGACGCUGAGGGUGGGCGAGAGCCUGGCUAACAAGCUGUGCGCACCCUGCGGGAACUUCAAUGGCGACGUCUCCGAUGACCUGCAGCUGCCCAGCGGGCAAAUCGUGGGGAACAUCGCCGAGGUCAUCGACGCCUGGAAGGCCAGAGACUUUUUAGGAUGCCACGCUUCUAACAUCGUGUGAGCUGACCUGGGAGCUCCGUCGGUCCCUGCACAUUAGACGGCGCCAGCAUGGGUUUGGCCCAGGAAUUCCCACUACACAGAGUGCUGGAGGCAGCUGGGACUCACCGGGCCAUGCGUGUGGCUGAAACCCUGGGCUGAUGUGUACAGAGCUGUGUG